AAUCGGAUCACGAUCAAGCAGUUGAGGCAAACCCAGAGACAACCAGCAACGUUGUUGUACCGGCAGCUGAAAUUUCCCCAUCGUCGCAGCAGAACUCCCCCGGCAGUGUCACGUCUUCCACAACUUUUCCGCGGAACAAACAAAUCCUGCGCGCUGCGACGGAGGGUUUGGAGACGCGAAAUCGGCCUAAGCCACCCGAACAGGACAAAAUCAACCGGCGGUUUUCGGAGGUGGUGCACACGCAGAUCCGCACCAACAUCCCGGAGAUUCAGAAGAUCAGCGUGA